CAUGAAGUGCCAAGUUGGCGUCCAGAAAGAGAAUUCUUAGAGAUAAAGUUCGGCAUUACUAUUGCGUCACAUCCGUUUAAACUAGGCCAUAUAAUUUUCUGUCAAGUUUGAUAUUUAGUGUUCCCAUCUAGCAAAGGCCGGAAUCAAACAUUUAAUUGUUGUGUGUAUCGGCCACGGAGUGGUGCUAGUCAAAACAAUCAAUGCUGCUCAUAAUGGUUUAACUCUGAAGAUUUUCAAGCCAGCCUAUAUUUUACAAAAAAUGGAAAACAAAGACUUACUGUCCCUUUACUGUUUCUUGGCCUUUCUUGUGUGUGCAAUAUCUGCCUUUCCCGAGAAAGGUAAAUGGACAUUUGAAAUCAAUCAAGACAUCCAAUAUGUGGGUGUUUCCAAAAGCAUGUUUGCUGGCACCAACAUCACUUUCAAAAUCCAAAAUUGCAGAUCAGAAUCCACAAGUUUAAGCAUCUCAUGGAAAUUGAGGCACUCACCUUGUUGGCAGGAAUAUCUUGGUUUAGAGAAUAUUGAAACUGGCACUGGGCAGUUACAUGGAUACUACAUGAACCCUCAUGCUAUCCCUGAAUGGUUAAAUUAUAGUGCUGCUGACUAUGUUGCAUCACAAGAAUCUAUAGCAGCAUGUGAUGGAUCCACUAUAAGCAUGCCACCAGUAUUACAAUCCAUGGAAAAGAAGCAUACAAAACAAGCAACUUCUGUAGAACAGCCACAAUAUGUGAUUCCCAAAGAAGGAGUUUAUCUCUUUGUCAUAACAAUCAAACCAAAAUCGCCAUUAGGAGGUAAUCAUUCGUACACCGCUCAAAUUUUAAUUGACAUGAAGAGUGACUUUGGAUACCUGUCGGUGAUCGAUUGGCCAUUACUACCGUUUUACGGAACUAUGUGUGGAUUGUACACUGUUAUGGGGGUUCUGUGGCUGGUUGUAUCGUUGUGUAGAUUAAAGGAUAUUUUGAGGAUCCAAAUGUGGAUUGGCGCCGUCCUUUUUCUUGGAAUGCUGGAAAUGGCUGUAUAUCUAGCUGAAUACGAAAGCUUGAACAAAACAGGAGAAUUGACUGCCGCAGCACAUUAUUCUGCUGAGCUCCUCUCUUGUGCUAAACGAAGUCUAGCAAGAAUCCUUGUAUUGAUUGCAUCGAUGGGAUUUGGAAUUGUGAAGCCCCGCCUAGGUGCGAUGCUACAGAGGAUCGUCGGUGUGGGUGUUGUGUAUAUGGUACUGUCGGCAGUUGAAACAUACCUGAUAUUGGUACAACCAAAGAACGACCGAUCUCGCAACAUAUACGCCGCUUCCUUCCUGCUCGCAUUACUUGAUGCUGCCAUAUGUUUCUGGAUCUUUCUAUCACUUGUGCAAACUACUCGCACGCUUAGACUCCGAAGAAACACCGUGAAAUUGUCGCUGUAUAACCACUUCACCCAUACUCUAAUUUUCGCCGUGGCCUCUUCGUUGAUCUUUAUGCUGUGGUCUAUAUAUUAUCAUCGGAUGGAUACUUGCCUAAAAGACUGGAAGGAAUUAUGGUUGGAUGAAGCUUUCUGGAAGCUGCUGUUUUCACUUCUCCUUUUAGUGAUAAUGAUUCUAUGGCGCCCAACGAAUAACAAUCAACGCUACGCUUUCACUCCAUUGCUUGACUCGGGCGAUGAAACUGAAGAAGAUGAUGUAAUGGUUAACGAAAAUCUUGGGAUGAAAAUGCGUGUCAAUCGAGCAAGUAGAGCAAAUACCCCAUCGCCCCGGACAAGUCGCGAUGGCCCAUCUGGUUCCAUUGAAGAUGAUCUAAAGUGGGUUGAGGAAAACAUUCCCUCCUCCAUGGUGGAAUCUGGUCUUCCGCUUCUGGAUUCCGAAGAGGAAAUCAUGACAACCCGGUUCGAAUUGUCUAAAAUGCAGUAAAGUGUCUGGGAUUUUGAGCACCUCACUAUAGCAAGUUUUCAAAAUAUGGCAUAACUUUCAAAUAAUAAUUUCCCAUGAUAAUUAUCGACAUAGAGUUGCAGUGUUUUGGUAUUAUUGAAUGAACAAGAAGAGAAGAAUAGCGAAGUUGCUCCAGUUAAUGGCCAA